AUGGAGGGUGGAGAAAAAAAGGGAUAUGGCAUUUCUUCCGUAUGCUCCCGUAUUUCACUGUCACAAGCGUUGGUACUAUGCUUGUGCAUUCUUCCGGCCAGUGUGCAUGCCCAGUGUGAGAAAAAACCCGUCAUCUUCAUUUUUGGGGACUCAAACUCGGACACUGGAGGGGGCUCGGCAGCAAACGGGAUGACCUUCGGGCCGCCUUUUGGUCGAGCGUUCUUUCACGAACUGAAUGGUAGACUCUCCGACGGCCGGUUGAUGAUUGAUUUCUUCUGUGAAAGCUUGAAUGCAAGCUACUUGAGCCCUUACUUGGAGUCCCUCGGGUCGAAUUUCACCAAUGGCGCCAAUUUCGCCAUCGGAGGUGCAGGUACUCUUCCAAGAUUCAAAGCCUUCAGCCUCGAUGUUCAGGUCCGUCAGUUCGUCCAGUUCCGCCAACGCUCCCUCCUGCUGAGAUCGAAAGGGUAUGCGAGUCAACUUAGUGAAGAAGAGUUCAAGAAUGCCCUGUACAUCAUCGACAUCGGGCAGAACGAUCUCUCCGCGGCAGUCACUCAGCACCUCUCACACGAACAACUCAUUCAGAACAUCACGACUUUCAUCACGGAGAUCAAAUUGGCUGUGUUGGGCAUUUACAAAAGUGGUGGGAAGAAUUUCUGGAUCCAUAGCACAGGGCCACUGGGCUGCCUGCCACAGAAGCUUGCAACCACCCCACCCCGAAAUGCAACCACUGACUAUGAUCCGCACGGUUGCCUUGUCCCUCUCAACAAUGCUGCCAAGGAAUUCAAUGGGCAACUGAGGGCCCUGUGCAAAGAGCUCCAGACGGAAAUGACCAAUGCCACCAUCGUAUAUGUCGACGUAUAUUCCAUCAAAUACAACCUCAUCGCCAACGCUGCCAAAUACGGUUUCGAGAAGCCAUUGAUGGCGUGUUGCGGAUACGGUGGUCCACCAUACAGAUACAACCCGAACUUCCUGUGCGGAGGCGGCCGCGCCACCGCCUGCGACCCAGGACAGCGCUACUUGAGCUGGGACGGUGUUCACUACACGGAAGCGGCAAAUUCCAUCUUCGCGGCUAACAUUCUCUCUACUAAUUUCUCCACUCCUCCGCUCAAUUUGAAUUUCUUCUGCAAUGCCUAG